UGUGUUUCGACCCUGUUCGCAGCCUUCGGCACCGCCUCUUUCCCCCUCCUCAAGUCCGCGGCUCCUCUCUCCCCAGACGACCGGCACACACCGCCUCCUGUCCCAUUUCCAUUUGCGCCGCUCCUCCCCCAAGCAGGACAGGCACGCACCAAGCAGUCGCUGCUGCAGCAUUGCCUCCUCCCCUUCCUCAUGGCCGAUCCCUCCCACUCCUCCGCGACGGCGAGCGACGCCCUCCCCGCCGCGGACCUCCCCGCCGCGGCCCUCCUCGCGUCGGCGGUCGACACAGAUGCGCUGCACGCGGGCCACGUCGCGUCGGCGGCCGCCGCAGACGCGUCGCACGCGGGCCACCUCGCGUCGGCGGCCGCCACAGACGCUCCAGACGCGGGCUUCCCCGCCGCAAGCACCGAUCCGGACAUGAGGUUCGACUUCGAGUCCGAUGAGCUCGGGAAGGAGAAGACGGUCGGUACUGUGGAUGAGCGCGACCUGUUCGUCUGCUACAUGGGCCCUGAGGCGUGGCCGUCCCACCUCGAGGCCACCAAGUCCGACCGCCUCCCCCACCUCCUCGCCGCCGCCAUCAAGGCCCGCAAGCCCGAGAUGAUGAAAUCGACUGAACUCACCAUCUGUGAAGAAGAAGGCACUGAGUCAUCUCUUGGAGACGUGUUGAUCUUUCCUGAUAUGAUCCGAUACAGAGGGUUGACAUGCUCUAAUGUCAACACUUUUGUUGAAGAAGUACUCAUGAAAGAUGCUGAUUGGCAUGAUGGAUUUCUUGAGGCUAUAAGAGGUUCCUAUGUUUUUGUCUGCUGCCAUGAAAGCAAGGAUAGUAAGUGUGGUGCUUCUGGUCCUGCUUUGAUUAGAAAGUUCAAGGAAGGAAUCGAAGCUCAAGGUCUUGGACCUCAGGUUAUUGUUAGAGCUUGUUCUCACUUGGGAGGUCAUGAAUGCUUAGGGACCGUCAUCAUAUUCAGUUCAGAUGCCAAGGGAGAAGUGACUGGUCAUUGGUAUGGUUAUGUUUCUCCUGACGAUGUGAAUUUGUUGCUGAAUAAACAUAUGAGACAGAAUGAAACAGGGGAUCAUAUACGGAGGGGUCAGUUGGGUUUGUCUGAAGAGCAGCAUCUGGAAGAUUUGGAGCUUAAGCGCGUGAAAAAUGGUAUUACUGUGCUCAAGAAGGCAGGGACAGGGACAGGAGGGGAGGACAAUUUGAUGUGCAGUCUUCAGGACAUCAUGGACCUUAGUCCCGAAGUAGAGAACUUAGAAUUCGAUUCCUCAAAAAUGAAAGAGACAGAUGCCAUGUAUUUGGCUGCUUUAGCAGGGGAUGGAGUGCCGCAGCAGAGGUCAGAAGUGGAGGUGCCGCUGCAGCAGGCCCCUUCCCACCAGACCGCAAUUAUUCCUCAAAAUGCAAAUAGUGAGAAUGGAGCAGCAGAAAUGAAUGGGCACAAUACAGAUGGGCUAGAAGAAGAGAAUGGAAGGAGUGCUGCUGAUAAGACCAUUCUUCAGAGGUCAGAAGUGGAGGCGCCGCUGCAGCAGGCCCCUUCCCACCAGAUCGCAAUUACUCCUGAAAAUGCAAAUAAUGAGAUUGAAGCAGCAGAAGUGAAUGGGCACAAUACAGAUGGGCUAGAAGAAGAGAAUGGAAGGAGUGAAGUUCAGACUGAACAUAUACAGGAUCCUAAUGCAGCUGAUCCCACUGGUCUGAGAAAUGAUAUUAUCAAGAAGAAGUUUCUUAUACCGGAAGAUUUUAAUGGUGAGGCAGUUCUUGAUCAUUCGGACGUGCACAAAGUUCGUACCGCACAAGAGUUGCGAAACAUCAUUGAAAACACUAGUGGCUGGCUAUCAGCCAGAAUUACUAAAGCAUUGCUAGUAAAUGGGAGUGUUUUUCAAAUACCAGUUCACAUGGUCAUCGAUAAAACCUAUAGAAAGAGCGGCGCUGUAUGCGUGGUGCGCGGGGAAGAACUCCCGCAUGUUCCUGUAGAAACUAGUCUGUACACUCAUAGUCUUACUGCUGUACUGGCAGAGCGGCGACCCCAAUAUUCCCACAUCUCCGACAUGGUGAUCGAGAAGCAUGACUUCAGAGGCAAUUUAUGGGCCCGUAGAAGGUACUCGCUUCAAGGUGAUAAUGAAUACCAUGUUCUGCAGUGGCUCCCAAAGGUGGUAGAAGAUACCAAGGCAAUCAAGGUGAAUCUGGAGAUGAAAACACAGCAAGCUGAGGAAGCUCCAGCAGAUGAUUUUUCAAUCAAAAAAUGCAUCGCUGUGGUGAAGACAAUAGAAGAAUUGUCAACUGAUGAGAAGGUUGGCUCCUUCGAUAUUUUCAAAGAUGAGAACAACAGAGCGAUUUUUCUCUGUGCUGAUCCAGAGACCCGUCUUCUAUGGUUAAGAAAGCAGCUGAGUAGAAUAACUUGACUCUGAAAGGGCCUUCUUCCGGUUGGAUUGCGAGCGUACUGGGGGACGGUGCUCUGGACAAGGAGGUGCAUGGCACACCUAUGGUGAUCUUACUGGAUUGGUCCUAAUCUCUGUGUUUUUUUUUAAGUUUUUCAUUUCAUGUUAGUACAACCUCUGAAGGUUGCAGUCUUUUUCUGUCGUAUGUGUGGAGGAUCAAGGUGGCUGGGAUGGCUUGUGUUUGCUCUGCUUUGUCCAGUCAUAUUUGGAAUGGUGUUGUCUAAUCAGAUGAUAGAAUAUAAUUUGUUACAAGUGUUAAAAAAAAGGUGAAUGUUUCUUA